AGGCUGAGACAAGCAGGAACACCGGCAACGUCCACACCGAAGCUCCCACCCACAGCCCCGCCAUGAAGGUCUCUGCAGCCUCGCUGUGCCUGCUGCUCGCAGUGGCCGCCCUCAGCACCCAGGUGGUGGCUCAUCCAGGUUUUGUCCCAACCGUCUGCUGCUUCAGCAUGGCCAAGAAGAUCUCCCUUCAGAAACUGGAAAGCUAUAGGAAACUCACUGGCAGCAGAUGUCCCCAGAAAGCUGUGAUCUUCAAGACCAAACAGGCCAAGGAGGUCUGUGCCAACCCCAAGGACAAGUGGGUCCAGCAGGCCAUGAACUAUCUGGAUAAGAAGCUCCAAACCCCAAAGCCAUAAAUAUUCACUUUUUUCCUGCCAAUCCAGAGCCUGAGAAAUGCUUGACUCAUUUCCUCUGGUCUUUGUGAGAUGCGUCCUGAGACAAUCUCAUCAACCUUCCAGAAGGAAUUCUUUUAUUUAACAAUUAAACAAAUAUUGCAUUUAAGUUAUUGAUGUGUUUGAACUUCUCUGCCAUGAACACUGCUUAUUUUUUAAACAUGUAAAGCUCUGGUGAGGUCCCUUCCUCUCCGUGAGUCCCAAUUUAAUCCCUUGCAAAAUAAUGUUACUUUGUUUCUUUGCAGUGAGUCACUACUUUCCUCCUUACCUCCCUGGAAUCUUGGAAGGGUCCUGGCAAAUAUGUGAAAGUGUUUUGUAUUUUUGAGA